UACGUGUCCAGCGGGGCGCGCGCGCCACUCUCAGCCGAGUCGCGAACUCGGUCGCGAGCCGCAGGUCACGGAACGCCCCCCGGCUCCUGCGUGCUGCGCCACAGCCCCCCGGCUCCUGCGUGCUGCGCCACGGACCCCCGGCUCCUGCGUGCUGCGCCACGGACCCCUCGCUGCAGGAGGCUGGGGUCCUGAGCCGCCGGGACUCGCCGGGACCCACGGGCAUCCCAGGUGCUGCUACGGUCGUCGUGGUUGCGGUGCCCGUAGCGACCGUGUCGACUGCGUUGUCCCACACGGCCGAGGGUGCGGCCAUGGCCGACUCCACGCACCUCGUCCUCCUCGUCGUCGUGCUGUGCGGGUGGAGCCAGGGGGGCUCUUCCGCGCUGGAGCGGUGCGACCACGCCGAGCUGGGAGAGGUGGCGCCCAACGCCACCGCCUUGGCGGCCCUGGGCGCCACGGCGCUGGGGGCCGCGCAGGGCGACUGUGCCCAGAUUUGCUGCGACAUGAACACAGCAGGGCGCCCGCCCUGCACGCUGGCGGUGGAGGUGUCUGCGGCGUGGGAGGGGGGCUCUUCCCCGUGCCUCCUCUACUCGUGCCCUAGUGACGCCGCGUGCCCACUCGUGCCGGCGCCGGGCAGCCGGGCCACGGGAGUGCGCCACCGCAAAUCUACAAGGAAGGCACGGGUGACAACACGGUCGCACCAAGUUAACGAGCAGCCUGACGCUUCCUCUCCUGCCACCACCGCCGCUCCCAAGGAGGUCGAACCCCAACAACCAACAAUCAUAAAGGGACCAGCAAUAACCACAACUGUAGCACCCACCACAACCACCACCACAACCAAGCCGACCACCACAACUACAACCAAGCCGACAACCACCACAACAACCACCACAACCAAGCCGACAACCACCACAACCAAGCCGACAACCACCACAACCAAGCCGACAACCACCACAACCAAGCCGACAACCAACACAACCAAGCCAACCACCACAACAACCACCCAGCCUACCACCACCACACUCACUCUGGCACCAAAUACAACUGUAAUCACAACCACAACUAUGCCUCCAACCACGAUUGCACCAACCACAAUAAUCACGACUGCAGCUGCAACAACCACCAUUCCACAACCGAUAACCACUAAACUGCAAACCACCACAUCCACAACAGACACAACCACCGUUCCAACACCACCACUGAUACCAUCAACUGAACCAACCACCACAACCAAACCACCUACAACUGAACCACCACCCACCACACAACUACCAUCAACCACCACACAACCACCACCCACCACACAACCACCACCCACCACACAACCACCACCAACCACUACACAACCACCACCACCCACCACGCAACCACCACCACCACCCACCACACAAACACCACGACCCACCACACAACCACCAGCCACUACACCACCACCAGCCACUACACCACCACCACCACCAGCCACUACACCACCACCACCCACCACACCACCCACCACACCACCACCACCCACUACACCACCACCCACUACACCACCACCACAAGCAACUAGCGGUGCUGUCCCCCAAUCCACUGCCACGCUGGACAGCGCCACCACGCAGGAGGGUGGGGUGGGGGGCGAUGGUGCGAGGAAUGGGCUGCCCGCCGAGGGUGGGGGCCCCACGGAGGCGGGGGGGCCCAUGGGCGGGGACGCGGGGGCCCUGGUGGCCUGCACGUUCUUCGGGGUGGUACUCGUGGUGGCGGCGCUUGGCAUUCUGGGUAGGAAGGCGGUGAUGAGCUACAGGCGGCGCGACUACACGCGGGCCGACUUCCUCAUCAACGGCAUCUACAACUAAACCUCUCCGGAACGACGAUGACGUCAUCAACGGCAUCUACAACUAAACCUCUCCGGAACGACGAUGACGUCAUCAACGGCAUCUACAACUAAACCUCUCCGGAACGACGAUGACGUCAUCAACGGCAUCUACAACUAAACCUCUCCGGAACGACGAUGACGUCAUCAACGGCAUCUACAACUAAACCUCUCCGGAACGACGAUGACGUCAUCAACGGCAUCUACAACUAAACCUCUCCGGAACGACGAUGACGUCAUCAACGGCAUCUACAACUAAACCUCUCCGGAACGACGAUGACGUCAUCAACGGCAUCUACAACUAAACCUCUCCGGAACGACGAUGACGUCAUCAACGGCAUCUACAACUAAACCUCUCCGGAACGACGAUGACGUCAUCAACGGCAUCUCCAGCCAAGCGCUCAUCUUCCUGACUAAUUACAACCGGUUGCAUCUUCUCUGACGACGACAGCUUAUUCUCUACGCAGAGGAUGAAUUCGUCAUUAACAGCACCGACAAUGGAUGGUACCCACCAAUGAAGAGACUUUAUCAUCAUGAUCAUCAUCAUCCACUUGCAGAGCUUAUUUCGAACUAGAUCUUUCCGCACUCGGCACACCACAUCCAGGAUACCUCGUGCCAUGGCUGUGGUUACUACUGCAAGUCACGUGCCACAUACCAGCGAGCAAUAAAGCCCCUAAUCAUGACAGCUACAACGGAAAUCUUCCCAACGAUGAUGGCUGAUGAUGUGAACACAUCUUCUUCGGUAAUGCUCAGUCCACUGCUGGACCGGGACGGAGAGAUGGGGAGUGACACCAGGGACGGGUCACUGUGAGGGCGGCCACGUUCAGCCACGAGGGUGGCCGCUCACUGCCGACGAGCACAAAUUGUGUCGAAUAACAUCGCAAGCCUGGACA